AUGCCGGAAUUUCCCAUUUCGAUAGACACGAGCAGCUCAUUCCCGCUGGAAAAUAUUCCUUACGGAGUUUUCAGCACCAGGGAGGAUGCCAAGAAGCGAGCAGGAACAGCCGUUGGGCAAUAUGUUGUUGACCUAGCUUAUCUUGAGCGUCGAGGCGUCUUCGACGAAGUGUCUAAUGCAUUUGGUAACCUCUUUGCACAGGAAACCCUCAACAAUUUCGCCGCUCUAUCUCGCGAUGUUAGGUCGAAGACUCGAGAAGCUAUUACAACAGCGCUGUCAUCUAAGGACUCUCCGCUCUUCACAGACCGCGAUGUCAAUGAGGGGGCAUUUUACCGGCUGCGAGAUGUAGAAAUGCAUCUUCCCAUGCACAUCAGCGAGUUCACCGACUUCAGCUGUUUUGAAGAGCAUGUCCGAAACGUGAGUCCUUUCUUUCCAUAUCUCCCGUCAAUGGAUCUUCCCCCCAACUUCCACCACAGUCCGAUGGCAUACAACGGGAGAACAUCUUCCAUCAUUCCCUCUGGUACCAAUUUCGCCAGACCGCGGGGAGUCUUCAAGGAUUCCUCCACCGGCUCAGUCAAAUACGCGCCCACUCAAAAACUCGACUAUGAAAUGGAAAUGGGUAUUCUUACCGCGAAGCCCGUCCCGUUCGGCACCACGCUCACCGCCGACGAAGCUUCAGACCAUAUCUUUGGCUUUGUGCUCUUGAACGACUGGUCAGCGCGCGACAUUCAGAUGUAUGAAAGCUUGCCGGUUGGCCCCUUCAACGGCAAGGCGUUUGCGACGAGCAUCUCUCCAUGGGUCAUAGUCCCAGAGGCGUUGGCGCCGUCAGCUACAGAACCACUCGGUCAGCAAAAUGAUCAGGUUCCCACGCAUAUCCGCCAUUCUAGUCUGUCCAAAACUAUCUAUGACGUAUCUUUUAACGUGUCCCUUGCACGCUCGGGAAAGGAGAGCGCAAAAGUCUCAACCUCGAAUCUCAAACACUCGUUCUUCACCCCCGGUCAGAUGAUUGCCCAUCGCGCAUCUUCCGGAUGCGGCAUGCGGACCGGUGAACUCCUUGGCUCUGGAACUGUCUCGUCUCCCGAAUCCCAGUGGCCGGACCCAUCAACGGCCCGAAACGGAUGUCUCUUCGAGUUGACCGUCGACGGCACCCGUGAAGUCCCCGAUAUCGGAGGCACCUGGCUGGAAGACGGCGAUGAAGUGACGUUCGAGGGAUGGGCUCAGGGUGCCAAUGGAGCGCGCAUUGGAUUCGGGCAGCUUACAGGCAAGAUUCUACCUUCCGCUGGCACGAAGAAAGAGUGA